AUGCUAGAAACAGUUACAUGGAAUUUCAGUGUGAGUGGUCAUGGAAAGGGACCCAUGGACGGCGUUGGAGGAACUCUAAAACGCAAAGCUGAUCGGUUGGUUUUUCAAGGUAGAGACAUAACUUCUGCUAAGGAAUUUGUUGAAGCUGUAAAUAAAUCUUCAAUAAAAGUUUGGGAAGUCCCUGGGGAGAAGAUUUUGAAAAUAAAAGAGUUAGAGUUACCAAAAAAUAUCCCUUCUGUGCCAAAUAUCAUGUCCCUGCAUCAAGUUACUUGGUCCAAAAUGCAAGAAACGAAGUUGUUUCUAAGAACUCUUAGCUGUUUUGUCUGCGACAAGUGUACACUAUGCUCUAAAAUCUUCAGAAGUUACUAUUCUGCCUAA